UUAAAGUCAAACUUACACAGCAAUCAAAAAUGUCAAAAAGACCUCAAAUUCAUAUUUUUGUGGGAGCACCCAGUAUUCCAAGCCUCUUGGAGGUGUCAGAGCAAAGUAGUUCAGCACCUGCUGCUGAAAAAUGGAGAGAACUCCACUGUUCAUGUGAAAUACAUAGUCUUUUUUCUGAAAAAGUCAAUGGUGCUGACCAUGUAGUGUUUCAGGCAGAAAGCUCUAUAGUCACAGCAGUUCCUACAAAUGUUGACAGCUCUCAGCAGUCUGAACAGGGGAUAUUAAUGGUAGCAAAAGAAUAUUUAACAUCUUUUGUACCUGCGGCAGUAACUUGUACCAGCACAUCUAAAAAGACUGAAAGUUUAAUUUAUUCUGAUUGUCAAAUAUCUAAAGAUAAAUGCACACAUGGAAGUGUAAAUCAGGCUGCAGAUCUGCACCUUCCUCAAAAAUUCACAGAAUCAGCUAGACAGGAUAAACAAUCACAUGGCUGUUGUGCAAACCUUCCUGAAAGAAAAGCCAGUCAUUUAGAAGUUAACAGCUCUGACAUUUCUGAUUUGGUUGCCGGUACUAAGCAGAUUAGCAUACAUCUAAGGUCUGUGGGACAAGGUGUUCAAUCAAAUCAUAGAAGUGAUCCCCAUGACCAUCUAAGCCAAUAUCUGAAUAUGUUUUUCCCCCAAAAUCAAGAGUCAAAACCAAAAGGGGAACCAGGUGAUUGUUCAGACCUUGCACUGUCAACCGAUACUGAAUUUCACAGUAUAAUGACUUCAAGUCAGAUGGCUGUUUUUGCACAGAAUCGGAAUGAGAUGCAGAAAAGAAUCAUAAAAUUACCGGAAACAGAAGCAGGCAAAAACCCUGAAGAAAGGCAAUAUGAUCACUUCCAGUUUGAGUCUGAUGUUGGAACAUGCCUUAAUGUGACUGAAAAUGAAUAUAAGGAAGAUUAUGUAAGUUCCAUGGAACUUUUCAGUUCUGAGGGUGAUGGGGAAAAUGUUUGCUUUGAAGCUACAAAACGAGAAGGAAGUGCUCAGGAAAAUACAGAGAAGUCUCAAGAACUUAAUGUUCCUGCUGAGCAACUUGUAAAUGAAAUCCAUAUUGAACCAUUGAGCUCAGGAAUAUUGUGCUCUCAAAUAGACAGUUCUCAUAAGAGCUCUUCCAAAAGAGCUCGCAAGCGUGAAGAUUCCUUUCAUAUUUUUCACUCAGCGUUUAAAAGACAGCUGAAAUCAAAGAGAGCUAAACUGAAUUCUUCUCCAGCUUGUCCUGGGAUGAGAGUGAAUCAAGAGAGGAUGACAGAGUUCAAGAAACUUCAAAAGAAACUAUCACUGCUUAAGAAUUGCUGCUGCAAGAAUCAGAAGUACAAUGUUUUGGUCACAAUAGUACAUCCUUGUCAUAUCAAAGAAAUACAGGUGAAGACUAAACCAAAAUCUUCAUGUAAAGUUCCUGUAGCAACAAUAGUAGUUAUUGACCAGUCAGAAAUUGAGAGAAAAGUAGUGCUGUGGCGUGGUGCUGCAUUUUGGUCACUGACUGUUUUUCCUGGGGAUGUUGUACUGCUAACAGAUAUAAUAAUGUAUGAGAACAUUUGGUGUGGAGAAAUCAUGCUGCAAUCUACAUUUACCAGUCAGUUACUCAACCUGGGGAACUGCUCAGCUCUCAAUCCAGAAGAAUUUUAUCCUAUAGUGGAUGGUGGUGUUCUCAAUGGUUUAUUGGCAUACAUAUCAUCAGAAUUUCCACACUUUGGAGACAUUCCACGAAGACAAGUUCAGAGACUGGAUAGUGUUCAGUAUAUGCAGCUAGACCAGCUCCAGCCAAAUACAUUGGUUCACUCAAUCUUGAAAAUUAUCGACAUUACUGUGUUAACAGAAUCUGUGUACAGCUACAGAGGUGGCAACCAAAGAAAAAUUAUUCUAACAGUAGAGCAGAACAGAGAUCAACACUAUAAGAUGGUGCUGUGGGGAGCAGGGGCUGCCUGGUGCCCUCAACUUCAAAGGAAAAAAGAUCACAUAUGGGACUUUAAAUACCUUCUGGUCCAACAUAGUUCUGUCUCGGGUGAUUUUGAACUGCACACAACUCCUUGGUCAUCCUGUGAGUGCUUGUUUGAUGAUGACAAAAGGGCAAUUGAAUUUAGAGAAAAGUUUCAGAAAAGUAAAACAUCCUUCAUGCAGAUGACAAAGCUUUCAGCACAUUUGGAGGAAAAAUGCUCAGGAGUUGUUCAAGUGAAAGCCCAUAUCUUAGAACUGAAGUUUACCAUUUCAACUGGUCAAUACAAGCAACUCAUCUUCCGUGCUGACACUUCACUGGAGCAUGUUUUGGCUUCUCUGCCUAUGAUUACAUAUUCAGGUUGUGCUAAAUGUGGUUUGGAACUACAGGCAGAUGAGAACAUGAUCUACAAGCAAUGUAUUAGAUGUUUGCCAUACAACAAAGUAAAAAGAUUCUACAGACCUGCUUUGAUGACAGUAGAAGAUGGAGGAUAUGAAAUUUAUGUUCAUGUCGUGUCUGAGUUGAUGGAAAAAAUCUUCCUCAAUAUUCCUGCAGACUGGCUGAAUGGAUUAGUAGUGCCCUCUUCAGAUAUAACCUACAGCACAAUAAUAGCAGAUCUGUGUCACUUGCUGCUAGCAGAUAUGGAAGCAUCCUAUUUGUUGGAAAUUAGGAGCCAUUUUGUGCUAGAUGAAAACAGCUGUCCUUUGCAAAAGGAUUUCCAUCUGCUAAAUUUUCAUCCUGAUCUUUGAAGCAUUGACCUUUGCAAUAACUGAGUAACAGAGACCAUAGGAACACACAGAUGGCAAACAGAAGAAAAAUUAAUUAGCUCAAGGAAGCAAAUACUUUUAAAAAUACAAUAAAGGAUUUUGUUUUUAACUUAUUAAAAAAACCCAAAAGGAUUGGUAUGGAAUAUCUACUAAUAGUAUAUACUGCUGCUGUAAUACUGAUAAAUUGUCAUAAAGUAUAUUUUCAUACAUAUAUUUUUAUCUUAAUAAACUCUUACAGGGUAUCUGUUUUCCUUUUCUCCCCAGAAAAGUUCACUAGUAUUGAGAGACUGAAUUUUUCUCAGAUAUGGCAGAGUAGAGGAAGACAGCCACAAUUCAGUAAUAUUAUUUUAGUUAAAAGAUUUUUGUUUGUCUUAUCCUAUACAUGAUCUGUAACUGGGUUAUAUCUUUGCUUGCUUUACUGUUGUGGUUACUUUCCUUCUUUUAACAGCAGAAUUUCUGCCAUUUACCCUCAGCAAUUUUGCUGCCACUGUUUUCUCUUGUAAAACAGAACUGUGUCACUGAAUCUAAUUUUGUGUAUCCAGAAGUUGUUGCAUCAAUUUAAUUAAGAGGUUUUAAACAGUUUAAACUGGUGUAUUCUUUCAUGGAACGUUUACAUGAUUUAAUUGUUGUAGUAUUUAUUGUUGCAGUAUUUAUCCAGCAUAAGCUGGCAAGUAAACUUAAUCACCUUAAGCCAAUUUAAUCAGUUUAGCACUGGUCUGCAAAAUUUUCUCCCAACUUGAUCAGAUUUAGAAAUUAAUUUAAUUCUUUUUUAAGUCUUAGUGUAUUCUGAUACUGAUUUUUAUCAGUAAAAGACUGAGUAAAUUAUGACUGCACCUGACUUCAUAAAGUAAUAAUCUCAUAACUAUUACUCUAAAAGCAAAAUUUCUCUGAUAUAAAUACUGCCGAAGUGAUAAAACAUGUUGAUCAGUAUUUUUCCGAUAUUUAUAUCUUUCUCUGAUAUAAAUUCUGCCUCUUACUGAGACUGGUAGAAGCUGUAUGGUAUGAAUCAUAUUUGCUGUCUGGCUAGAUCCUUGCAGACUUUACCUGCACUGUUCUCAUCUAGGAAGUCAGUUUCCACAUACUGUUUCAGCUAUCCUCAAACUUCAAACACAGAACUGUUCUCAAAACCGAAUUUGAUAAAUCAAAUUGUCAAAUGUAUUAUAAUGCAAGUAAUAUGUCUGUUGAACAGCUUUCAUGUGUUGUUUCUUGGGAAGUGGCUGCAUACAAUUGAAUAACUGUGUUUCUUGGUGCUAGUUUGGAUUCUGUUGUUGUAUCUCAUGUGAAACCAAUUUGGGACUGUUUGGUUUUUAAUGAUGUUAAUUAGAGCUAUG